UUUAAAAAUGUUUUAUCAUUUAUCAUUGCGUCAUAAAAAUUUAUUUUUCAAUACGAAAUACGCUUUAGGUUUUAAUAAUAAUUAAAUUUAUUUUUAAUUCUUAAAGAGGAAUCGUAGAAAGAAUUCGAAAUAUUUUAAACUUCUGCAUUAUGAGAAGAAAUGAAUGCCUUGAAAAAAAAUAUUGGGUUAAGUCAUUUUUUACCCUAUCUAGAAAAACAUCGCAUUUAUGAACUAUUUAAUGAUAUUAUUACAGAACUUGUUAUCAAAAAACCGAGUGAUCAUUUGAUUUACAUAAAGAAAUGGCUAGAAAAUAAUCCAAUCUAUCAAGAUUGUCUUAAAAUUAUCUUACUAUCUCGCCCAGAUUUUGAUAAAAAAUUAUUAGCAGAGUACUUGGAAAAAAAAUUGAAUAUUCCAAUUGUGAGAUUAGAAAAUAAAUUGCAAGAUUUACUUCCCGAUGAUUUAGUUAAAAAUUUACCAACUUUAUUAGAUACUCAAGUUAAAGAUCUUCAUAAAGGCUGGAUAUUUAUUGAUUUUCCGAGGGAUAAUUUUGAAGCUCGUGUCCUUAAAAAAAUUGGUAUUUUGCCUACUCAUGUCUUUGAAAUAAUUACUUCUGAUGUAAAUCUAGAAAUAAAUUCAACUGCUACAUCAAAUGCGCAUACUAUUAAAAAUUGCAAUGACUCUGCUAAAGAAAUUAAAUUAUCUGAUUAUAAUUUACAAAUAAAUGGUCUUCGUAAUGAGUAUAAAUAUUUUUUAUACAAAAUGGAAUCUAUAGACAGAACAUAUGAAGAGAUAGGAAACACGUGUGUUUCAAUAACAAGAAGAAAAAGAUACAAUGUACCGUGUAUUUAUCGUGUACUGCUGAUAGGUCCAAGAGGAUCAGGAGUUGGAUCUGUAGCUAAAUAUCUUUCACAAAAAUACGACCUUGUAAACGUUGAUUUUAAUUAUCUGUUAGAACAAACGAAGGAACAAAAUUCGUUAUUAGGCGAAGAGUUGCGUUGUUUAGACCAUCGGGAUACGCCGCUUACAUCGGAGAUGAGAUUUAAAAUUGUGGAGAAUAAAUUGAUGAGCCAUGAGUGUAUCAAAAAAGGCUGGAUAUUGACUAAGUAUCCUUUUACUGGUGAAGAUUUUCAGCUGCUGAAUUCGCUUACGACACCUCCAAACAGGAUCAUUUUUCUUAACGUCGAUCAAGUGACAUGCAGAGAACGAUUACUGUCUCGGCAAUUUAAUAUACUUACCGGAAGCGAGCACCACUUAACGAUAGACCGUGAUUUUCGGUAUGAUUUUGUGAAAGGAUUGGCUGCUCAUCCGAAAGAUUAUAGAAGUAAAGUUGAACAGGAUCUUAAACAGUUUGAAGAAAAUAGUGAGUCGAUAUUGAAGUACGCAGGAGAAUCAGUGGAUGUUGUUGAUGCAUCACCCGAAAUAAAAAUAAUUUGUGAGAGAGUUGAUGCUUGUUUAACAAGACCGAUCAUUUGUAAGGUUCCAGCUCAUAAAUGAAUACAUAAU